AUGAGACAGUUUCUAUCUGCGGAGACUAGAAAGUUCACCAAAGCUCCCUAUCAACAAAAAGAAGCACGUUCUCAUGUCUUAUGUGUGAGUUAUUGCCAUGCUGAUCCCAAGUGCCACUCAGUCAAUUACAACAUUGACAAUCAUCAGUGUGAGUUAAACAAUGCUACCAGGGCUCAGUAUCCAGAUGACUUUGUGUUUGAGUGUGGUAGCGUGUACUUCGAUGCUGAUGAAGAAACACCACUCUACUCUGUGCCCAACAAACCACUCUCCACACAGCCUGGCUCUGCUGGGCCUAAAUACAGCAGUUGCAAGGAGCUUCUCCAGACAUGUCAUAAGGAGAGUGGUAUCUACACAGUCUACCCUUCUGCACUUAACAACGACAGUCUGCAAGUCUACUGUGACAUGGACGGUGAGGGCUGGAUGGUCAUUCAGAGGCGUCAAGACGGCAGUGUGGAUUUCCUCCGCAACUGGGUUGACUACCAGGUUGGUUUUGGUAACAUGUCCGGUGAAUUCUGGCUUGGAAAUGACAACCUACGUGCCCUUACCGAGUUUACAGGACUGUGGAAGCUGAAGAUUGAGAUGGUUGACUCCGAUGGAAAUGAAGUAUUCGCUGAAUAUGGACACUUCAAGAUUUCUGGCGAAUACUUCAAGUUACAGGUUGGUUUAUACAAUGCUAUUAACAGCACAGGGUUGGAUGCCCUCUCAUGGCACAACGGAAAGAUGUUCACCACCAAGGACAAAGAUAACAACGCGCAAACCGAGACUGGCCAGAUCACAGGUGGAUGGUGGUACUGGAGAGGCUAUGACGCUAACUUACAUGGUAUGUAUCAUCAAAAUACAACAGCCCAAUCCAAUGGAAUACAUUGGCUCUCAUCUGUAUCACCGUAUGAAUACUUUACGGUCAAAGCAUGUACCAUGAAAAUAUCUCAAAUAACAAGUAUCAACGAACAAGUCUGA